AUGGCGCGACCAGAGCUGCCGAAUGUUGCCACCCUACCCCUGCUACUCCUUGCGGUUUGGUUGAUGGCGGGCGGAGCCAUAGCCGGCGACACGGCCUGUAGCAAGGUCUGCUUGGCCUUCGAGUUCAUGGCCCCGCCGACCCCUGCAUACGCCUAUCCACCCCUGAGCUUCUUUUAUGGCAGCAAUGACAACAUUUGCUACGACGCAAUUGGAAACAUUACAGCUUACUUAGACCAGCCGCUCUUCAAAGCUGCGGAUUCGGGCCUCAUCUCCCAAAUGGUCUCUGGCUUCGCUGGCGGGGAUCGUUCAUGCGGGCCCAACAGCAUAAAGUGGUGUGCAACGUUCGCCUCCCAGUCGGAUGCGGUCACCAUGCAGGAGACCGUCCGUCGGGGUGCAGAGCAGAUCCUGAACAACUUCUUCUGUCCUGCUGUCCCCGGCGGCAACUGCCUACCCCAGCUGGAUGUCAGCGCCGUGUGUCAGCCGCUACGACCGCCCUUUCCAAGUUGCGAGUGCAACAAGAAGCGAAACGUCACACCUCUGCGCCUCGUUUCCUUCCCUGUCAUCGAGCCUGGUCGGACGAGCAAAACCACCCUGUACUGCUUUAGGAUCGGCAGCAGCAGACCAUCAGUACCACCGUCGCCAUUACAUUACUUUCACACUGAUUUCACACCGAGCUACUGCAGUAAUAGUGCACGAUUCCUGUAUGUCGUGAUUCCGGUAUGUCGUGAUUCCUGUUUGAACCCGUGUACAUCUACAUACCUAUUGAAGGCGGAGAUCUGGGCAGACGACACCAAGCGCCGCGCUGUCAGGGGCACUCGAACAACCAAGUACCGCGGCGAUCCAGUCUGGGGAUCGCCCUCCUGGAUGGCCUUCGGCGAAAACACACUGAAAAUUACUCCGUUAAACUGGACCAUGUCUGAGGCUGUGGGAGGCGAGAUCUGCAUCGAGAUCUCCAACGAACUCCAACAGCUCUCAGAUCUUUGCAUCGGAGGCUCUUGGUGCGUGCGCGUACCUGUACCUGCUGCAUGUGUGCGAUGA